CUGCAGUCUCCUGCAUGCCAAGAGUACAAAACACAGGCCAAAGCACUCGCUGCGCGAAAGGAGCACAGCCAAGGGCUCUCAAUUUAUUGCCAUUCCGACGACUGCUGCGAGCUGCAGCACUUCCGCCUCGCGAAACCCGCAGCACAGAUCUGUAGCACUACUGCUGCAGGGCUGCACUGCUCACCACCCCGACGCCACGCCACUAGCCGUCGCCGCGACCCGCGCCACGGCACGCCGUCGCCGCGACACCCGCAAAACAAAAGAUGAGCGCCGCCGCGCCGCGGCCGCUCUUCAUCGCCGCGACGCGCCAGCACGUCGGCAAGACCACCGUCUCACUGGCUGUACUGAGCGGCCUCCGGAAGCGGUUCGGGGAUAGAGUUGGCUUCGUGAAGCCCGUAGGCCAGCAACACGUGCCCGUCGGCGCCAAGGGUAUCAGGGUCGACAAAGAUGUCCAAUUGAUGAAGGAGUACUUUGGGCUGAACCACCUGAGAUACGAGGACAUGUCUCCGGUACUCGUACCUCGAGAUUAUACGAAGCGUUUCAUUGACGGGGAGGUGUCGUCCGACGACCAAACCUCGAAAAUUCAAGAUGCGGUAAAACGCGUGCAAGAGACGUCGGACGUUUUGAUUUACGAAGGCACGGGCCACGUCGGCGUCGGCGCUAUUAUUGAUGCGUCCAAUGCCGACGUGGCUCGUAGAUUAGACGCGGAUGUGGUAUUGGUGGCGAACGGCGGCAUCGGGAGCGCCUUCGACGAAUUGGAGAUGAACCGGGCCGUUUUGAAGGAUAAGGGUGUUAGGUUGCGAGGCGUGGUUCUGAACAAGGUCGUACCGGACAAGGUCGAGCAGGUCCGAGAUUAUGUCGGAAGAGCGAUACAAGAGCGGUGGGGCGUGCCUUUAUUAGGUGUGGUGCCUGACUUACCCUUCCUGGGCAAGGCGACCCUCGGCGAUUUAGAAAGGUUGCUCGACGGUGAACUCAUCAGCGGACGACGGUACCGCGAUUUGCAUUUUGGGACCCAGGACUUAGCUUGUGUUACUACUGCGGUGCGACGAUUCUUGCGGAAAACGCACUUCCGGCAAGCGGAAAAGAAUGAAACGCGACCGUUGUUUGUGACACAUUGUACCCGAGAUGAUGUUCUGUUAGCAUUCUUAGCCUACUACAAAAGGUCAACAGUACCAUUACCGGACGGCGUCAUGGAUAGGGAUGGGUGGCUCGGCGCCAUGGUUUUAUGUAAAGGAGAGUGCGACAUGGAUCCGAAACAAUCAGUCGAGGACAACACGCACCUACCUUAUCUGGUCGACAUCGCGCGGGCCUACGACGCGCCGGUCAUGCUCACGAAGUUGGGUACGGUAGAAGCCACAAAUGUGAUGGCCAACUUCACGGCCAAGAUGCACGUCGGCGAUAGAUCUAGGAUACAAGCUGCCAUCGACCACUACGAGCCGCACAUCGACUUCGAGAAACUGCUCGGUUAGGACUGUUAACAACAUACUGUAGUUAGUCAAGCCCCCCAAGGUCACUGGCCGUUUCUGAGCCCGAGUCACUGGCAGGGUACCACGAGCGGAGGCGUACGAAUGGCUCGUCGUCGGGGGGCUGGGUGAGCAUUGAACUUGAACUGUCGUCGAACGGGUCCUCAGUUCGGGGUUCUCCGGGCCGCCAGUUGGCCAAGAAGGCCUCGCUCACUCCGAGGCGUCGCAGCUGCGGGGCU